UCCCCCAUCAUUGUGGAUGGCGGAGCCUCGUGGGCGGUGUUGUUUAAAGCGGGUUGGAGGCGGGUGAGGGAUGGAGUCGGCCCCAGGGAGAACGCUGGCAUCCAGGCUGCUCUCCUUCAACGGCCUCUUCGCCGUCCAGAAGCCCAAAGGCCCCACUUCGGCCGCGGUCCUCAACCUGCUCAGGGAGAAGCUGCUGGCAGAAGCUGGUAUGCCAAAGCCCAGUAGGAGGAAGAGGAGUCAAAUGUUAAAGAUCGGACAUGGUGGGAUUCUGGACAGCACUGCUGCUGGAGUACUAGUGGUUGGUGUUGGAAAAGGAACUAAAAUGUUGAGUGGCAUGUUGGCAGGUUCUAAGAAAUACACAGCUGUUGGAGAAUUGGGAAAGGCAACAGACACAUAUGAUUCUUCAGGAAAAGUAAUAGAAGAAAAACCUUACGAUCAGAUAACAAAAGACGAUCUUGAGAAUGUCCUGCAGAAGUUCACAGGGAACAUCAUGCAGAUUCCCCCACUCUAUUCUGCCUUGAAGAAAGAUGGACAGAGACUGUCAACUCUCGUUAAGAAAGGAGAAUUUGUAGAAACAAAGCCUGCCAGGCCAGUUGUGGUCUACAAUCUCACCCUAAGAAACUUCAAGCCACCCUUGUUCACGCUUGAUGUUGAAUGUGGAGGUGGCUUUUAUGUCAGAAGCUUGGUCAACGACAUUGGGAGAGAGCUGUCUUCCUGUGCCACCGUACGGGAGCUGACCCGGACCAAACAGGGGCCAUUUACGCUGGAAGAGCAUGCUCUUUCUGAGGACAAAUGGACAAUUGAUGAAAUUGGCCAAUCCCUGGAGCGUUGCAUGCUGCUUCUUCAGGCAGAACCAUCUCGUAAAAAAUUAAAGACAGAGCUGUCUGAAGAACACACUCUGAGCUGUGAAGAUAAGUGAUAAGUCAGGUCAAGGGAAAAGACUGAAUGACUGAGAUGUUUUAAGAUUGCUCCGGGAUUGUCUUGUCUUCCCCUGUAAAUUUACAAUCCUGCGCGUGGAGGAUGACAAAUUACAAUGUAAUGGAAACAGUACCUUUCUAUCUCUCCUGCUUGUGUUGAGAGACAUAAGAUGUCCAGCAUUUAUUUCUUCCCAUAAUGUCUGUGUCACAUUGUGAACGUAUUUGUCAGGGAAGCAGAGUCAUCACUAUACCCUUGAAUGGAGCUUACAGGACAUUGUUUCUUUAAUUUGAUCUUAGUUCCAUGUUUGUGCAGGUACUUGUUCUCUGCUUUUCAAAACAAAUAAAACAGUUAGAAAUGUUAAACUGGAAUAAAAAGAAUUCAUAAGAAGAAUAUGGCAAAUAGUGCAAUAAAUAGUGCAAUGAUUGGACACAGGAUUCCAGUAAUGAUGACAGGUCUUGGAACAGUGUAUUUGAGACAUACAAAAGUUCUUUUUACUUAGAACUAUCACAAUUUUCAGGUAAUGCAUGGACAUGUAGUUAUAUUUAUACACUUACAUGGAACUACUUCACUUUUCUUACUUCCAGUCAUCAUUCCUAGGUCUGAGGGUAUUAAUAACAUUCAUGUGUGUUUCAUAGAGAGAGCCAAGGUGAUGUAGUGAUUUGAGUGAAGUACUACAACUCUGGAGACUGAGGGUCAAUUCCCUGCUUGGCCAUGGAAACCCACACACUCUCAGUCCCAGAAAUCCCCAUGAUAGGUUUUCCUUAGCAUCACCAUAAGUUGGAAAUAACUUAAAGGCAUACAACAACAACGUUUGAUAGAAUGAAUGCAAAAUAUUUUAAUUUGAAUGUGUGCACAUAUCUCUUAAAAACAUUUUUAAUGGGAACUCUGAUCUCUCCCUAAUCAUCCUAUCUGUGUAUCUGUAAGGGAUUCAUAGUAUUGUUCUUCUUUAUAUACAAGCACACCUCCAUUAACAAAUCUGCUGUCAAAGAAGCUCCUUUUUACAAAAUCUUUUUACACCUGCCCAGCCCCCUUUAUAUCCUGAUCUAUCUAGGUAGAUUUUUUUAGCAGCAUCAGCAUUGGGAAGAUAGUAAAAGAAGCGUAGAGAGACAGACUUCAGAUCAGGUUGUAGCAACAUGUCUGCAGUAAUAAAUGCAAUAAAGAACUGGGAAAGAAUAGGGUUCUGCUCUAGCCAAUCCUACUGAAGCUUUGUGUGCCCUGCCUACAGCAGGUAAGAUAAACAGCAGCUUCAUCCAGAAUCCCUUCCAGACAUGUUUGAACAACAAAACAGAAAGAAAAGGGGAGAUCAGUUUGCUUAAAAUGUACCAACAGCAUGUUCAAAACAUUGACCAUCUAUGCUUGGCCAUCAAAACAGAAAGAAUAAGAGGGAGGGGGGAAGGAAGCUGGUGAAAUAAAAGGUCACCUUGGGAAAGAAACUUUCAAGUGGUCUCUUGAAGAUUCAAAAUGAUUUUGUUUACUGAUGUUAGGCUUAACUUACAUGGUUGUUUCAUUUCAAAUGGCCAUAUUAAUUUUCAGUGAAACAUUUUCUGAAACAUAUUGAAUUGCUCAUCUGUUUUGUGGUGCAGAAACCUAUCCUUAAGCCCUGGUGGCGCAGUGGUUAAAUGCCUGUACUGCAGCCACUCACUCAAAGCCAUAAAGUUGCGAGUUCAAGACCAGCAAAAGGGCUCAAGCUCGACUCAGGCUUGCAUCCUUCCGA